UCAAGAAUAGAAUCUUAUUGUCAAUGUGCACAAAAUGGUCAGUCAAAAUGCCAGUGGCUAUGAGCAGAUACAACUGAUUCAAGCUGACCCUGCCCGGAGGAACAUUUCCUUGGUACUGACUCAGGUCUUCAUGUGGCCCUUUGUCUACCUCAUCUUACUCAUGCUCUUAACAUUCACACAGAAAGAGACUUUCAGAACAGAAACACGUUAUAUAUUGUUUGGUCAUUCUCUCCUGGUAGACCUAAUAUUUCUUUGCAUAACAGACAUUGUGGUGAUCUUAUCAUACAAUCUUGUUGUAAUACCUCUACGUUUCUGUAUCCCCAUUGUCAUGUUGAUAGGAGCAGUCACAGCAUGUGCACCACUUACGAUUGUAGCCAUGUGUGUGGAGCGCUAUGUGGCCAUCUGCAUGCCGCUGCGACAUCAUGCGAUCUCCACCUCUAGAAGAGCCCUGAUAGUCAUUUUAGUGAUUUGGAUCCUGAGUUCCAUAAACCCCUUUGUUGAUAUGUUCAUCCUCAUUAGCACUGCCUCUCGUGAAUACUUGUCUCAGCUCACACACUGCCACUAUGAGAUUAUGGUUCCAGUGAAGAUGCAUCAAUUUGGAAGGGCUCUGUUGUAUGUUGUGGGGCUUGCGGUUAUUUUGACAGCUGAGGUCUUUUGUUAUGUAAUGAUAUACCUUGCUGCACGUGCAGCAUCGGGUGACAAUAAGAAGUCCACAUCAAAAGGGCAGCGCACUAUUUCCCUCCAUCUCCUUCAGCUGGUUUUAUGUACGGUUGAGGCCAUAUGUCCUUACGUUGAAGCUGUAGUUAUGCAGUAUGAUAUUAAUAUUUACCUGAUUGUCAGGUAUGUAAAUUUUCUUGCAUUUAGUAUCACUUCUAGAGCAGUAAGUCCUCUUGUCUAUGGAUUUAGAGAUGAGAAAUUUUAUGCAGCUAUGAUUUAUUAUAUGAGAUGCAAAAACAACACCGUUUCAUCUGAUGCAGUUAAACAAUCAUGAUUGUCUUUUAGUACAGACUUUAAUAUUUCAUGAGUACAAAUGUGAUUUUAACAAGCAUAAAUUCAUAUCCAAAUGCAUGUCCAGUACUCCAUAAUACUCCAUGUAAAAAAUAACCAUCCAGAGUUUGACCUGACCAGCCAAUAAGGUCUUUGCAAAGUGUCUUUCAAAUUCAUGAUAUCGUUUAAUAGCGACCUCUGCUGACCAGAUUAAGCAUUUUUAACCUUCUGUUUGCGUUACUUUUUUUUAUUUAUUCAUAAGAUUUUCAGUAACAUUUCUUUGACCAUUAGAAUUAUCACACGCAUUACAAGUUUGACUGUUGUGAAAUGAAUGCAAUAUUCAACAUGCAGGCAAAUCUGUGUUUUUUUUUUUGUUUUUUGUUUUUUUUUUUUUUUUUUUUUUUUUUACAUUUGGAACCGUUGUAUUUCUUAAAACAAAUCAAUUAAAUUGUCAAUUUAUAUAAUUAACCUUGGAUUACAAUAAUGUCAAGGUAUUUAAUGAAAGUCAGUUAUUUCUGCAUACAUAAAAUAAAGAUGGACUUCAUUGACAUGCCAUUCUUAUAUACAAUAAUGUAAAUAUGCACUAAUAAACGAUUCCAUCCAAUGAAUUUUAAUUUCCGAUUUUUAAAUCUUCAGUCAGUCAUUUAUAUAUGUAAACUAAAGGCUACA